CCGUCCGUCAUGUCAUUUGACAUUUCUGUCAAGCCAUCGCUCUAUCGGCAAGUUAUCUCGCUGUUUUCAGGGAUUUGAUUACAAGUUUGUGCAUUGUUUCCUUAAUUGCUCACGGCCGCGGGUAACGGUAACCGUUGAACAAUGUCGGAGGCGCCUGAGACUCCGCCCUUCAGCACGGUGGAUAUCAACAAUGAUACUAGGGAGGAGGAAGAUCUCUUCGCCUCUGCGGUUCAGGAGGUUAGCUUGGACCCGGAAGUCAAUGGAGCGAGGGAGGGCCUGGAAAAGGCUACGCUCAAUGACCCUCCGGCCAUCACACCAGACCUCAGCAGCCCUAUUAUGGAGGAGAUAGCGACAGAACGCGCGAACAACAUUAUAGUCACAGUGACAGAACCACAGAAAAUCGGCGAAGGAAUGUCAUCGUACGUCGCGUAUCGCGUGCUCACAAAAACCAACAUGCCUAUAUUCAGUAAACAUGAAUUUGCCGUCUUAAGGCGGUUUAGCGACUUCCUAGGACUUCAUGAGAAACUGACGGAAAAGUAUCUCCGGUCUGGCAGAAUUAUACCGCCCGCGCCUGAAAAGAGUAUUGUUGGCACAACUAAACUAAAGAUGACGUCGACGCCGUCAACGGAGACCGCCAACGGCAGCAGCCCUAGCGGCGUGCAGUCUCAGUUCGUGGAGCGCCGACGCGCCGCCCUCGAGCGGUUCCUGAACCGCGUGGCGCAGCACCCCGUGCUCUGCAUCGACCCUGACUUCCGACAGUUCUUGGAGUCUGAGGCGGAGCUCCCCAAGGCGACAAGCACGAUGGCGCUCAGCGGCGCCGGCAUGCUACGGCUGUUCAACAAGGUCGGCGAGACAGUCAAUAAAAUCACAUACCGCAUGGACGAGUCUGAUCCCUGGUUCGAGGAGCGGUCGGCGCGCAUGGAGGCGCUGGAGGCGUGCCUGCGGCGGCUGUACGGCGCGUGCGAGGCGCUGGCGGGCGAGCGGCGCGAGCUGGCGGCGCGCACGCACGACGCGGCGCGCGCCGCCGCCGCGCUCUCCGGCGCCGACCCGCACGCGCCGCUGUCGCGCGCGCUCUCGCACCUCGCCGACCUGCACGAGAAGAUCGAGCAUCUAAGAGUGGAGCAGUCAAACACAGACUUCUACGUUUUAACAGAACACAUCAAAGACUACCUCGGACUAAUCGGAGCCAUCAAAGAUGUGUUCCAUGAAAGAGUUAAGGUGUUCCAGAACUGGCAGCACGCGCAAAUGCAGCUGACGAAGAGGCGCGAGAACAAAGCCAAGGCCGAGCUCGCCAACCGACCGGAGAAGAUCGAACAAGCAUCCAAUGAGAUCAUUGAGUGGGAAUCAAAAGUGGAGCGUGGUCAGCAAGAGUUCGACACGAUCUCGCGCGUGAUCAAAAAAGAAGUGGAGCGCUGGGAGGAGACGCGCAUAGCCGAGCUGCGGACCACUGUGCUGCGGUACCUUGAGGACCACGUGCAUCACCAGGCACAGUCCAUCCGCUACUGGGAUGCGUUCCUGCCGGAGGCGCGCGCGAUCAAAUGAGUGGGACGCUGACGGCUGCCCUGCCACCAGCCGCGACCGUAACUCCGUGCAGUAAGGUCGACAACGGCAUUUUAUACCCCGAGCCAACAUAAUAGGAAAUGAAUAAAGUGAUUUAACAUAAAUCUAAAUCCCUUCGUUGACAACGCUACACAAGAGCCCGAUAGUUAUCGCUAUACGACUUGAGCGGUCUUUCUCACAGCGCUGAUCAUCAGGGGGUUAAAAAGGCCACAUCGAAACGAUUCAUCUAAAAAAGCAAUAUUGCAAUUUGACAUUUGCACAUAUAAAAGUAAGUGCGCAAUGCAGACGAAUGUCAAAUAGCAAUAUUGCUUUUUAGAUCAAUUGCUUUUGAUUGAUCAAUUGGUAAAUGUAUCGUAGAUGUUUUGUCUUUUUUCGGGUACCAACGGCGCUGUAUGGCAUUUUUAUGGGGGUUAAACUGUGGUAUAGAAUCAUUACUUUGUGCUGACAUGAAUACGAGUAUAGAGUGAAACUAAUCAUCGACGUGAAAUUGACUUAAGCUGAUCAAUAAAUAACACUACACUGCACAUACGUCUAAGACUCUCGUGUCAGUUGUUAGGUCACCGACCAACCCCAUCAACCCGGAUUUCAGGGUUGCUAUUGAGCCGCCAAACGAACGAAUACAUAGUUACUUAGGCAAAUAGUAGGUACAUGUCCUAAAUGUGAUCAACCUCCAACAUCCUAACCUAACUAGGGAUCAUGAAGUGAUUUUUGUGAUAUGUCCCCACCUUGAUUCGAAUCCGGGACCUCCGGAUCGUGAGCUCAACGCUCAACCACUGACCAUAGAGGCCGUUACCCUUUCAUUAUUAUUGUAGAUAUUCAACUUAAGUCUACUCCACGAUGAUGAGUUAUGGGACACCAUAAAUAGAACAUACAUACAUACAUACAUAAACUCACGCCCGUAAUCCCUAAUGGGGUGGGCAGACCCACAAGUAAUCAAAGACAACUUGCAGCCACUGUUGAUACGAAGUCCAAAGAUGGAUAUGAUGAACCUUAUGGUGAUAAGGGAUCAGCCUAUCGCCCAUAACAUUAGUCCAUCAUGGUAGAGGACACAAUCCCUCUGUCGGUUUUUACGACAUGCCCGGGAAGAGAAGCAGCUGAACGUGUUCUACCAUAAAUAGAAAUGAUAGUAAUAAGAUAUUGUAUACACUUGGCUCUGUAAAACUUAAAUCAUACACAAUGCUGCCAAUUCGGGCAACCACCAACUUCAUUUGACAAGACUAAAACUAGCUCCAUCUCUUUCUUGCACGUAUUGUAAGUGAAGGACCGCACUAGUCUUUGAGCUGUCAAACUAAAAUUAGGUUAAGUUUAUGUCCGCCCGGAUAGGCACUAAUGUUCACAUUUUCAUGUUGUACCAACAUAGCCAAAUUAGUUUUGCAGCCAAACUCAAACAACGGACCAUUGAGCCAACAUAAGCAAAUGUUAAACAAACCUCAAUAAGUUCUUUAAAAACAUUGACUUUGUAUUUGGCCAUGUUGGGUCAACACCCAAACGUGUCAUAUACCUGUAUUUGCUCACAAUUCAGUCAUUCUUGCUUGUUAACCAAUAAUUAUGAUGAUAAGACCAUGGUAUCUGAAGACCAGGUAUGGUCAAUCCUAUGACAAGCCGCUCUUGCUAGCCCUUGAUGACGUAAGUGUUACCAUCAAAUUGGUGUCUCCAACAUUCCGACGUAAAUUAUUGAAAAUCAAGUGAAUUACUAACUAAUGUAUUUAAUUAAUAUUAUUUGUCACAUUUACAUAUAAAAAUCAUGAAUAAUAUUAAUCAUUAAACUGUACGUAAAUCUUUUACUAAAAGUACAAAAUUUCCUUGGAAAAUAAAUUAUAAAUAUUGGACGUGGGUAAUUUAUUUUUUACAAAAUGGCAACGUAGGGUGGGAUGACGUCAGCUGGGCUAACCUUGAAAUGCUAGCUGUCAGUUUUGAGCAUACCUGGUUUUUUAUACCAUGGAUAAGACAAUAAUUUCUACUCCCUUUUUUAAUAUCCUUGAACCACUUAUAAUACAUAUUAUUUUACACAAUAAGCUUUAUCCCAUAUCUCAUUGUGAUAUGGGAUAUGGGCAGAAAUAAUAUUUGAAAUACUUUCUUCUUCAUUAUUUAUCCCCACAAUAAAAGGUCUAAAAUUUACUGAAUAUUAGAAUUUAAAAUAAUUCAAAUGAGAUUAUCACUUUUUACACAUUUUGGUGUAAGUCUAUAUUAAAUUAUUCACUUUAUUCAUUUCCUAACAUAUCCAUCAUUAUCUCACACAUGAAAUAGCACAUUUUAUUAGUCUUAAUAGCUAGAGCAAAUGUUCUCCUUAUAUUUUGAUGUUAAAUGUUAAUUUUUAAGAACUAUUUGGUGUUUUAUGAAACCUACUUAGAUGACGAAUGUGUAAUAUAAAUAUUGAUUUGUAACUUAAAGGGAAAGGGAGUUUUAUGAAAAAAGUUUUUUUUUAUAAAUAUGUAUAUUGUGCAUGUGAAAUUAGAAAACAAAAACCACGGAACAAUUCGUGACGAACAGUUUUGAAUACAAUUCCACUUAAUAUGAAUAUACUUUAUAUUCGCAAAUAAUAUUCAAUUGAUAGUAUACUCAAAUAAUAUAUUUAAUCUAAAAUAAAAUAUUCGAAAUUUAAAUUUGAAAAGACAACUGAAAGAAGUUAAAUCUUAUUUAAAAAGUUACAGAUUGUAAAUUGUUUUUCAAAUGCCCUUUCCCUGAUGCUAUAAGGAAAUUUCCACGUUGCUUAUGCGUCUUAUGUUAGUGUAAGAUCAUCCAUUCAUUUGUUACUAUGGUGUAUAUUUUUAUAGUCAUUUGUUUUACCUUAAAUAUAAGAUUAGGUACUGCAUAUUAGAUAAUGUAUUCCAAAAAAAAUAAUAUGUAUAAAAUAUUAUGGCUAUGGUCGAGUAUAAAAGCUUUAGUUGCGAUUGGGAAUAAUAAAUAAAAAAUGCCCGUUUUAAGGCGAAUAAAAUGAACAAAUAUUGGAAUAUUCAGGGUAUAGUAAAACAGCCUUGGACUCAAGCGCUUUCGAUACUCGACCAGAACUAUGAAGUAGGUAUGUGAUUGACAAAAAAAAUCUCGAGUCUAACGUAUUCCUUAUUUUUUAUAUUGCCAAAUAUAUUUAGUGGUAUUUGUAAUGGAAGAGAAUAUUGUAAAGUACAUGGGUGUAUGAGAUAUAAGCAGGAUAUCGUACUUUAUACAAAUAAACAUGUGCGGGGUUCGGAAUGUUUUACAUUUGGCGGCCCAUUGUAUAGCUCAAUGUGUGUAAAUAAUACAGAGAUUAAAAUUAUGUAAGAGCGGGCUGUGGUCAGUAAACAAGAGUCCUAAGGCCAGAUUUCCACUGACGCGGAGAUGGGCGGAGAAGAGCGGAGAUGGGCGGAGAAGAGCGGAGAUGUGCGGAUUUGACCAAUCACAGCGUUCGAGAGAGCGAAAAACGAAGACGCUCUGUCACUCUCUCUCCCUCACGGUGAUUGGUCGAUUCCUGCACAUCUCCGCACAGCUCCGCGUCAAUGAAAACGCAGCCUAACAUUGCUUCGAAGUAGCACGUUACUUAAACACAAAGAAAUCACGCCCAUUAUUGUUUCGUUUACUUUUCAAGUAUUAGCAGACUAAAACGCAAUGUCCGGUUACCAGAGGCCUGUUUAACAAACAUUACAAUUGUAAAUACAGUUAAAUUUUAGUGUUUAUUGCGUCACCACUAUGAUGCUACAAAAUAUUUCUAAUCAAGCUACGUACGCACCCUGCAAUGUACGUUAAAAUGUAUUUUUUUACAAUUGUAAUGUUUAUUAAACAGGUCCGUGGUUAUCACCCAAAUUGUAUUGUAAAUCGAUACUUUGGAGACUAUGUAUAAGCAUUUGUAGUCAUAUUCUGAUAUAUAAUACCGUUUGAGAAAUAUCUCUAUUUACAAAUAAGUGAAUACAUGCCCCCGAUUAAGAACUUAUCGUUUAGUCGACUUAAACUAGCGGCACAUGAUAAUGGCCAUUUAACAUAACAAACAUAACAAAUACUUUAUUGCACAAGCAGCAAAAAACAAAAUACAAAAUAAAAGAGAAAUAGCAUGAGUACAAUAGGCGGCCUUAUUGCUAAGUAGCUAUCAAUGUUUUUAAAUUUGUCCCGCUCAUCAAGUUUCGUAUUAAUUUAUAACUACGUUAAAGGAGCAAAUAGCUGUACUUUAUUGUGUUCAUGAACAGCCUAUGUACGUACCAUUGCUGGGCACAGGCCUCCAACCGGAGGGUGUACGGAGCAUACUCCACCACGCUGCUCCACUGCGAGUUGGAGGUGUUUUACGGCUAAUAACGUAGACCAACAGCUUAACGUGCCCUCCAAAGCGCGGAAUCAUCUUACUUUUUCGGAUAAUCAGGUGAUUCAAGCCUGCAAUGUCCUUACCAAACAAAGGACAGUCUCACAAAGUGAUUUCGACCAUGUCCCCAUAGGGAAUCGAUCCCGGACCUUCAGUUCGUGAACCUAACACGGAGUUUAUUUGCAACAAUAGUGAAUUGCUGUACUGUAUUAUGUUAAAACGGUCAUCAUAGCGUGCCGCUAGUUUAGUCAUGGUCGCGCUGUAUGGACUUUUGAUCGUCUCCUAUAAAAAAAAAUUGUCUAUAUUAUUAUAUGCACAUGUAUACUACACAUAUGCACAUUAUAUGUAUACAUUAUACACUACACAUUAUAUGUAUACAUUUUAUGCACAUGUUUCUGGCAACAGCCCGCACAAUAUAUUAUAAAUAUAAGUGAACAGAGCGUCGUCGGUUAUAAUAUUCCCAGCAUGCGACCGCCUUUGUUACGUAGCCAAACGAGCUCUUGUUAUAAAAAACAUAAGGUUCUCAUUUCAAUACAAUACAAUGUAAACGUUGAAUGGAUAUGAUAUGUUGAAAUUUUAUUACUAUUAUACCCAUCUAGACUUGUGGUUAUACCAAUUAUAUUCCAUUUAGUUAUUGUUUAAAUGAAAAUAAUAUAAUUCUUUUAAAUAAAA